AUGUCCUCUAUUCUAGGCGAUACACACAAUGUUUCUUCUACAUCUUCUUCUUCUGCCAUGAUCCAUAAUACAAAUCUCUCCGAUAGUACCGGUGGUAUUGCUGCCUCAAGCACAAACACAACUGGUAACAACAUCAACACUUCUUCACUUGUAACUCUAGAGUCUCCUUCACCACAUCAUAACCAUCAUCAUCAAUCUCUUCCACAUCACCAUCCACAGCAGCAAGGCCUAUCUUCCUCUGCUGCAAACAGUGAUAUAAACAACCCUUCUAAUAUCUCUAAUCCUAAUGGCAGUCUGCUUGGUAAUGUCACUAACACUACUGCUAACAACAACAUCAAUACCACCAAUAAUACCAACACCAAUAACAAUAAUUCUAGUAUAGCCACCAACUCUUCUUCUACUGGUAACACUGCCAACUCUUCUUCUUCUCCCUCAUCUUCCAAUAACACCAAUACAACUAGUAACAACACAACUGCCAACAAUAAUAGUAUUAAUAGUAUCAAUAGUAACAAUAACAGUGAUACCAAUAACAACAAGAACAGUGGUAGUAGUAGCAGUACUACUACUAAUAAUAAUAACAGUAGUAUACGUACAAAUACAACCCCUGUUACUGUACCACCAACUAAAUACAAUCCCAAAAAUAAUAAGAUUCCAAGACCAAGAAAUGCUUUCAUAUUAUUUCGUCAACACUAUCAUAAAAUCUUAAUUGAAGAUUGGACUAAGAAAAAUAUGGAUAUACCACAUAAUUCUAAAAUAUCCAAAAUAUUAGGUACCAAAUGGAAAGAAAUAGAUGAAAAGGAGAAAUUACAUUGGGAAGAUAUGGCAAGACAGGAAAAAUUGGAUCAUGAGAGAAAGUACCCUCUAUAUAAGUAUAAACCUGUCAGAAAGAAUAAAAAGAAAAUGUUACACAAUGCUGCACAAGCACAAGCUGCUGCACAAGCCCAGGCCCAAGCCCAAGCCCAGGCCCAAGCCCAAGCCGCUGCUGUAGCUCAUCAUCAACAACAGCAACAACAGCAGUAUCAAUUACAGGCACAAGCCCAACAACAUCACAAUGUACAAGCACAGUUGCAAAUGUCCCAAAGUAAUCUAUUGAACGCUCAAGCCUUAAGAAAUGCCGCCGCGGCAGCAGCUGCCAGUGGUGGUGGCGGUGCUGGUAGUCAACAACCAUUAAUGAAUAUGCUUAAUUCAACAAAUGCUAAAUUACUUGCACAACAACAAGGUUUGUACAACCAACAAAACGAUCAACUAUAUCAACAAAAUAGUCAGAAUACUAAUGCUACUACUGCAUACAUACAACAACAACUAUACCUGCAACAACAACAGCAACAACAGCAGCAACAGCAACAACAGCAGCAACAACAACAAUACUAUAACCCAUAUUCUUUCAAUACACUGGGUAUUCAAUCUAAUCAAUUCAUGAACCCAUACGCUCAACAACAAAGCAAUAACAGCAGUAAUAAUAGUAACGGCAGUACAAACAAUAGUAACAACAACAACAGCACCAGUAACACUAUUCCAUUCUCUCAAUCAUCGUUGAGUUUAUUAAACGAUAAGUUUUUGUCUCGUUCGAAUAAUAACAACAGUAAUAGUCAUAGUAAUAACAACGCUACCACUGCCAAGGAUUUUUCUUAUUUCACUCAACAACAAUACCAGCAGCAACAAGAUUAUAAUAAUGUGACAUCCUCUAUCCCCCCACCAAACCUCCAAGUAUCAGGCAAUGGGGAUGCUUUUGAUUUAACUGGUGGUAACAGCCAUAAUAGUAACAACAAUAAUAACAACAGUAACAGUAGAAAUAAUUCCAAUCGCAACAACAACAGAAACUCUAAUCUAUCUGCAGACCAACAGUUUAUUCAAAAAAAUUCAGCCAGCCAAUCUACAAAUGGCUAUGGCAACAUGAAUUAUCAAAAUUAUUCUAAUUCCACUAGCAACAACGCCAAUGCCGGUAUUUCCAACUCAUCUAAUUCCCAAAAUAACAAUAACAACAACUCGUAUGGUAGUUAUAUGAACCAAUUGCCUUCUUUAAGUAACAAUAUCAACUCGGGUUCUAACAUUCCAAAUGAUAGAUCCAUCUCACCACCACACCCUUCAUUUUUCACAACAGGUAUUUCAGGUAGUAACACUGAUCAUAACAACUUCGAUUCUUCAAGAUAUCAAGGUUUUUUAUACAGUAAUACUGCUACUGGUACUACAUCCGGUGGUAACAAUACAUCUACUACUACCGGUACAAAUAAUCAAGGUUCUGGUUCUUCUUCAAAUACAACAAAUGGCAAUAGCAACAAUAUAUCCUCCCUACAAUACCCUUUGCCACCACAAGGUGAUUACUCAUCCGGUAGAUCAAUGGCUAAUAGCUAUAAUGCUGGUGCCUCUUCUACCUCUAACAUGGUACCUCCACUAACCUCAAUGAUCCAUAAUAACGGUUCUAACAGUAAUAACAAUAACAGUUAG